AUGGAGGAGAGCUUCUUGUUGCCGUGGACCUCGGUCCUCAAGACGUACAUCCACCCCGUCCUGGCCAACCCGCGCGACGGCAUUCACGACCCCCCACAGCGCAUUCUCCCCGUCAGUGUCUUCCCAGGGUUCUUGCUCGACGCCGACGACCAAAGUUCCCGAACCCGAACCGAUGGCCAAACCGUCCGCGAGGGCCUCAAACUCCUCGCAGCGGUGGCCCACGUAGAUACCAAAGCGUGGAAAUAUAUUCUGUUGCGUCAGUGCGAAGUGCGCUUGGGCCGGGAGUGGGAAGCGGAGUUCGACAAUGAAGUUCUGGUUCGGUACCAGGUGAAGCUUGGCGCCUACGAAACCCCGUACGUCGCUGACCUGGCUCGACACUGUGGCACGCGUCAGCACGAUGCACCUCGUAAAGUUUAUCUCGAUGCAUUGGCUAGAAUUGCAGCCAUGGACAGCAGAUUAAGACUGGACAAGCCUGGGGUGGAGAUCCAGAUCCCCGUGCAAGUCGAGAGCGAUUUGGCCGGACUGUCCAAGGUCCGAAAAACCAAAAAAUUAAUUGAAAAAGAGUUUGACGAGCUCGGAGGAGGCAGACUCACGCACGCGAGUGUGGAGCCUCUCUCGCUACGAUGCACUUUUGUGCUGGAGCCGGUGGUGGUCUGGGAGGGUUUCAAGCUGAUCACGGACCCCGCGAUCGAUGGAAGUGAACGUAAGAAAAAGCGAGUGUUUGGUCGGCUGAUGACCAGCCUCUUUGACAGUUCGCGUCGCUGUCGUGGGCUGCUAAUGGCCCACGCGUUGGACAGCGGAGCUGCCGGUUCACGCAGGUUACAGCAGAUUGACAAGCUCUCGCUACAAACCUACAGAAUCCCGCAACGUAAGGAGUUUGAGGCGAUGUGCUCGGCUAUGGCUCGAAGUCAAACCAUUAGGAAGCUGACCCUCAGCUUGCUGAUGAGCUGGAACAACGAUGCUGAUGACAGUGCCCACUGGUGGAAGUGGGUGGCCUACACCUUUUUCUCCAAGCGAGCCUGCUCCUCUCUUGAAGCGCUCAGGCUCACCUGGCUUGCCCGCAUGACCGUAUCGGACGUCGAUGCGUUUUGCUCUGUCUUACAGAGUGAACACCCGGAGGAAGAACUGUGUGGUUGUCCGCGUGGGGGUGGUGGAGGAACAAGACGCAACGUUGUUCAUUUCGUGAAGACUUUCAGCGAUGACGGAGAGAGUGAGUGGGUAAAUGCACUGAUCCCAGGCUACGGUCGAUGUCAAGUCCAACGUGAGAAGCUUGAGUUCAAUGCACAAGGCCCCUCGCUCCCUAGUAGCGACUUCACGACGCUGGAGAUCGGAUUCGACAGAAGCGCGACCAUUGAUAACAGCGGGCUGCCGUUGUUUCUAGUCGCAAUCGGACUUGGCCUGCGAGUAUUGACGAUUGACUCGACUUUUAUGGCAGUGGACGUGGACAUGGUGCUGGAGCGGUGUCCCAACCUUCAGAUGCUGACUAUCCGCAGGCUGUGGGUGACGGCGCAGCUCAACUUCGCCGAGUACCAAGCGGCUGACUGCGGCAUCGCGAAGUGCCUACAACGCCUGUACGUCCGCCAGAACUACCGCCCGGCGGAUCAAAACUGGAGGACAAACCCAGCUCUGCUGCAUGAUCUGAUAGCGUUCAUGCAGAUGCUCGAGAGAAACAAUCGACUGGAGCUCUUCAGUCUCAAAAUGUUCGAGAGAUUCGAGCAGUAUAGCGCGAUUUUCAGGAAUUUCCAUCUACAGCGCAUGGGGAAGAAGCCUGUUCCGCUGGCCUUAAAGGGCAAGCUCGCGUUGUUAAGUGCGCUGGAAGGCAGACCUGCCGACGAAACAACCAAGAGACGCCGCCACCAAGUGAAUCUUCAGGCUCUCGACGUGAACGUGGUUUCUCAAAUUUUCGCGUUUGCGCAGUGCUCCGUAAAGUGUAUAUCGAGCUCUUCAACUGAUUGA